AUGGCCGCUGAAAAAUCGACAGACGUACAAUUACAAACUACUUUUGUAACAUUCGACCAGCCGCUGUAUGUCAAAGCAAGGGAUAUAGUUGCUUGCUGUGGAGGAGAGUCUGAAUUGAAAAAUAUUAUCAUAAGGCUAGAAAAUACUCCAACAGACCAAGAAAUAAGCGAACAUCCCAUCGUAGCACAACUUGCCGGAAAACUAGAAGAUCAUUUACUGCGUCUCACAAAUAAUGGACCUACUGCUAAGUUGUGGCUACAAUAUUUUCAUAUGAUCACGAUUCUGAAAUUGUUUAUACAGUCCAAAAGAGAAGGAUAUGGCAAAUUUGAAGAAUGUGAUGAACGCAGAAGAAUUUCAACAAUUUACAGAAAAUGGCAAAUUUACUUUCAAGCGAACGGAGAAGUACUGGUCUGGAACCUG